AUGAUGAUGAGGAAGAAAAUGAUGAUGAAGGACAAGCAGGAGGACUUAAAGAAGACUGUUUUGGAGGGCAUAGAGACGGGCAAGCAUCAGGAUGACUACAUCCGUGACUACAUCCUACCCUGGUUUUUCAUCAAAUACGAGUUGCUGGUAGCAAUUGUGCCAUUUUCUAUGCAUUUUUGUGCCAACGUCAAUAGGGCUACAGCUAAUAAUGACCACACAGUGGUGUCUCUGGCAUGUGCAGGAGGCCACUUGGCAGUUGUUGAGCUCCUUUUGGCUCAUGGUGCAGAUCCUACUCAUCGACUCAAGGAUGGUUCAACAAUGCUCAUUGAAGCUGCCAAAGGAGGACAUACAAAUGUUGUUUCUUACUUGCUGGAUUACCCAAACAAUGUUUUGCCAGUUCCUUCAGCAGACUUGUCUCAACUCACACCUCCAUCUCAGGAUCAGACUCAGGUUCCACGUGUUCCAGUGCAUACACUUGCUAUGGUUGUACCUCCCCAGGAACCUGACAGAACCCCUCAAGAGAACUCUCCACCUCUUGUGGGAGUGGUGAAAGGCGGAGGGGCGGCGAGAGCGGUGCGGAGCGUACGCCUAGCCGGAGGCGGAGGAGAAGGCGCGAGAGAAGUGGCAGAAGAAAAAUCGGAAGUGGGAGCGGCGAUCGUGAGGUGGCGGCGGUGUUGCGGUGGCGGCGGGGCCGUGCGGGAGAUGUGCGCGGCGAGAGAAGGGCGCUGUGGCCGGAGGCAGCGGGCGCUGCUGUGCUGCGUGUUGGUGGCGGUGUGGGAAGCGGCGUGGGGGCAGCUGCGCUACUCGGUGCCCGAGGAGCUGCCCAAGGGCUCGUUCGUGGGCGACGUGGCCGAAGACCUGGCGCUGGAGCUGGCGGCGCUGGGCGGCCGCGGCGCCCGAGUGGUAUCCCAAGGCAGGACGCAGUAUUUCGCUCUGCAUGCGAGCAGCGGCCACUUGGUGACGGCCGAGAGGAUCGACAGGGAGCAGCUGUGCGAGAGCGAACCACAAUGCGUGCUGCGCUGUGAGCUGAUCGUGGAGGGCGAGAUGAAGGUUUAUGCAAUCGAAGUGGAAAUCACGGACGUUAAUGACAACGCGCCUAGCUUCAAGAAUUUGGAUAUCGAGGAGGAAAUAAGUGAGAUCACAGUCCCGGGAACGCGAUUUCCCCUGCCCGAAGCUCACGACCUAGACGUGGGUAUGAAUUCCCUGCAGAGCUACGCGCUGAGCGGCGACGAGCACUUCUCGCUGUCGGUGCAGGCGGGAGCCGAUGGCGAGAAGCGUCCCGAGCUGGUGCUGGCCAAGGCGCUGGACCGGGAGGAGGCGGCGUUUCACGAGCUGCUGCUGAGGGCGAGCGACGGCGGCGAGCCUGCGCGGACGGGCACGGCGCGCAUCCGCGUGGCUGUGCUGGACGCCAACGACAACGCGCCCGCGUUCAGCCAGGCGGUGUACACGGUGCGAGUGCCCGAGGACGUGCCCGUGGGCUCCACGCUGCUCAGCGUCACCGCCACCGAUCCCGACGAAGGAACCAACGGCGAAGUGAAAUACAACCUUAGGAAAAUGACGAAGAAAGCUUCAAAGUAUUCCAACUAG